CGCAGCAGCCAAUGUGCCACGAGCCGAUCAUAACCACUCGCGCCAUGCAUCUUUCGCUACAGAGUUAUCUUACACAGUAGUCUGCCGUUACGCAGUGAAAGAAGCUCUCGCAUUAAACUAGGGGACAGCGUCUGAACUCGAAUAGAAGAGACGGUGAAAGAAAUGGCACCAAAAUACAAAUUAUUUUACUUUCCAUUCAGAGUUAUUGCUGAGCCAAUUAGAUUCAUUUUGGCAUAUGUUGGUGCUGAAUAUGAAGAUAUUAGAGUUGAAUGGGAUGACUGGCCAAGUCUUAAACCAGAUACACCGUAUGGAACAUUACCUGUCCUUGAAGUUGAUGGAAAGAAACUUGGUCAGUCCAUUCCCAUAUGUCGCUACCUAGCAAAGCAACAUGGAUUACUGGCUGAAAAUGACUGGGACAAUGCACAAAUUGAUGCAGCAGUUGAUGCUAUCGAUGACUUAAGAUGGUCUAUAAAAGAUUUCUUCUUUGAAACAAAUGAAUCAAGAAAAAAGAAUCUGAAAGAAAAACUAAUUAAGGAAACAAUACCAUUUCACUAUGCAAAAUUAGAGGCACUGGUGAAAAAUAAUGGUGGUUAUCUUGCAGGUGGUAAGUUGACUUGGGGUGAUCUGUACUUCACAACUAUGCAAGAACUUUUUGAUCAUGAUCUUGAAUUUGAAAUAACCAGAGACUAUCCACACCUUGCAACACUAAGGAACAAAGUUGUGAACAUACCAUCAAUUAAAUCGUGGAUUGAGAAACGACCAAAAGCAGAGCGAUGAGGCAUAUUUUGAUGAUGUAUACUUUCAUGUGAUACAGGAAUAUUUGUACUAUGUAUGAAAACUUACUAACAGAUAUUAAUUAUAGCUUUAUGAGACUUAAACCACAAGAAGUUUUACUAUUCCUAUCUUUUAUAACACAAAACAUAUGGUAAUGGCUUCGUAAUGAAAGACACAUACAAAAUUUUGUUAUUAUGUCAUGUAGUCAAAGUAAUUCAAUAAACAGCACACUAUAUCUCAA